AUGUCACGUAUCCAUUUCAAGCUGACUCUCCCUAUUGAUGUUGCAGUAUUUGCGAGUCCAGCGGACCCAUGGGGAAAGAUACAGGAUCAGUUUGUGGAUGCCGUUACUGCACAGCUAUCUGCGAUGGACAAAUGUAUUCAGCGAUAUACAAAUGGAAAGACAGUUCCAAUGCCACAACCAUUCCACUUUGAAUUGCCGGAGAAAACUACUCUUACGACAGUAAUAUACCCUGCUGGAGUCAGUGAUGAAACUCUGGAAACACAACGAAAAGAGUUGCAUGCUGAACUUGGCCUAGACAAUAAACCCUUCUUCCGCCGUGCUAUGGCUUUUUGUUUUCCAUAUGAUGAGAUGAAAAUUAAGUACUUGAGAAAUGUGCAUAAGUACCUUCCAUCUCCUGACCCUAAUGAGUUCAAGAUUUCUGUAGUGCACGGAUCCUAUUUCUAUUACCACUGCUUGCAGGACAAUGAAAAUGACGCUGAGUGGGGUGCACCGUACCGUUGUUUGCAAGUUAUCAUCUCCUGGUUCAACUAUCAGGGUUACUUCGACAAACCUGUACCUACAGUUACAGAGAUGCAGGAGAUAUUGGCAAAAGUUGAUGAAGGAUUUGUUAAUCUUGUGGAAGGAAAAGACUGGAUUCCACUUGAACAGAUGGUAGCAAUAUUAAAUGUUUUUAGUAUAUCAGCUAUCACCAAGGAUAUCCGACAAGACGUUGAUGAACCAAUCGAUCUUAGUCUUCAUUUCAAAGAACAAGGAACUCCUGUGGUGCUUUCUGCUGAACCUUUUGCGUGUGUUUUGCUGGGAAUAGCAGUAAAUGAAGAAGCAAACGUCAAAAAAAUCCUUGUCCUAGACACAAUAUACACAGGAAGUGAUGACUUGGCCACUAUAAUUGAAAAGGCUGUUGAUUGGAAAGAUGAAGAAUUCUUGUCGGGAUUGGAGGUUUAUGGCUUAUUCCUCCCUCAGAGACCAGAGGGUGUUUAA